GGCCCAUGCUGUGCCUUCUCCACCUCUGCAGCCCUCCAGCAACCAAACCCUGCGCUCAGCCCAGGGCAGGUUAGGUUUAAAACGAAUGAAUGAGCUCCAACUCUGAGGACGUCAACAUUCUAAGUUCUGAAAGUUUGCUUUCGCUUUUCAAUCUUGCAUCAUCUCACACCAACACAUGGACCAACACAUGGAAACACAGUACUGUACACUUUCUCCUACCACCAUAUUUAAACCAAAAGGCUUCUCUAGUCAAAAAGCAGUGACACUUGCUGUCUCCUCGCUCGCUCACGGCGCCCAUGCCUACCCGGGCGUCUGCCCUUGAUCCCCAGUGAUGUUAGGGAGCGGCCAGGCGGCUCCCACAGCCCGACAGAGGCCGCCCCCGGACCCCGCGGCGGGGAGGAGACCGCGCUCCCGGCCCGAGUCUGAUCCAGGUGAACACUCAUUCUGGAAACUUGUCAUGUUACCCAAGGUCAGCCUUAUAUCCUUCACCCUCAUCUCUAUGAGCUUGUGCUUUGGCUUCCUUGACCCUAUUCUGUCUCUCUUUGUCCUGAGCAAGUUUAAUUUACCCGCUGGAUACCUGGGGUUGGUCUUCCUGGGACUGGCACUGUCCUAUACCAUUUCUUCACCGCUGUUUGGCCUGCUAAGUGACAAAAUGCCAUACCUGAGGAAGUGGCUUCUGGUUUUUGGCAACUUAAUCACAGCAGUGUGCUUCAUGCUCUUAGGACCUACCCCAAUCGUGCACAUUAAAAGUCAGAUGUGGCUGCUGGUGCUGAUAUUGGUAUUCAAUGGCGUCAUUGCUGGGAUGAGCACAAUUCCGACCUUCCUGGAGGUCCUCAGCUGUGCAUAUGAAAAUGGGUUUGAAGAGGGAUUAAGUACACUGGGACUUGUAUCAGGCCUCACUAGUGCAAUGUGGUCUGCAGGUACCUUCAUAGGACCAAUGCUGGGUGGAUUUCUGUAUGAGAAAAUUGGAUUUGAGUGGGCAGCAGCUUGUGGAGGCUUGUGGCCUCUGACUAGUGGAUUAGCGAUGGGCUUGUUUUACUUCCUGGAAGACUCUAGAAGAAGAUCUAAACCCCAGAGCUUCGACGGCACAGAGGAGGAGGAAGCUGCUCUUCUGCCCCUCAGAGUUUAGCUGGAUCAGCUGAGUGACUGGGGCUGGGGGCAGGGAGCAUGGCCGGAAGUCACUGCUGGGAGAUUUCCUGUUUUAUCACAGAGCUCCAUGGACUCCACACUAACAUGCUGGAAGCGUCAACAUAAUUUGGGAUGAUUUCUAUCAGACUGCACUUCCUGUUGUCCUGAAAAGCUGGCCCUACCGAGCCAAUCAUAUUUACAACAUUUAUUAUGAGAAGGAUUGUUGAAAAGCAAUAAAAGUUUGUGUCUUUUUGUU